AUGGCCGACUUCGAGUACAUAUCUGUGCUCGAGGAUAUCAAGCACUUGGUCCUCGACGACAAGCUUUCCUUCCGUGGCAUCUGCACUGAGGCGGAAUUCGACACAACGAUUGAGCGCUGCGGUGUCAAGCAGGUGGAAUGGAAGACUGCAGCCCAGGAUAUGCAGCAAUGUAUUGAAUGGGACGAGCUUGUCGGUUUCCCUGGUAAAAUUCUGGUCGCAGGCGAUGGUCCUCGUGCUCGACAAUUCAAUUUAGUUGAGAUGAGGUAG